GGUGCGCCGGGCCGGGGCCGCUCCGCUCGCACCAGCACCGCCACCGCCACCGGCACCGGCACCACCGACACCGGCACCACCGGCACCAUGACCGUCACACGGCUCGACCAGGGACAGCGCUACCGCCCGCGCAUGGCCUUCCUCAAAAAGAUUGAAGCUCUCAUGAUGGAGAUGCAGAGCCCAGACACAGGAAUCAAGACACAGACCCAGCCAGUGAUGGUCACCAGCAUCCCCCACGCUGUCACAGGUAAUGAUAUCAUGCAGUGGAUCCUUCAGCGCUUGAAAAUCACUGCAGAAGAGGCACUCCACCUGGGAGACCUGUUUGUGAAAUAUGGAUAUAUCUACCCUCUCCAGGAGCCAAAGAACCUCACCCUGAGGGCAGAUGGCAGCCUCUACAGGUUUCAAACCCCUUAUUUCUGGCCAGUGCAGGGCUGGGCUGCUGAUGACACUGACUAUGCAAUUUAUCUAGCAAAGAAGAAUAUUAAAAGGAAAGGGGUUUUGGAAGAAUAUGAAAAGGAACAUUACAACAUGCUCAAUCAGAAAAUAAACUACAAGUGGGAUUUUGUCAUUAUGCAGGCCAAGGAGCAGUAUAAGGCAGGGAAGGAGCGGAAGAAGGAGGACAGGUACGCCCUGGACUGCCAGGAGAGAGCCUACUGGCUUGUGAACAGAACUCCUCCAGGCAUGCUGAGCGCCCUCGAGUACGGAAUAGACCGAGUCACAGAUCCCAAUGAAAAUAAGAAAAAUACAAUGGAAUUCUACAGGAGAGAGAUCAUGUACUAUCAGCAGGCCAUCCUGAAGACCAGAGUGAAAUCUUCUGUCUCUCUUGGAGGGGUUGUGAAGUACUCUGAGCAGUUCCUCUCCAAUGAUCCCAUCCUGUCUGGAUGUCUCCCCAGCAACCCUUGGAUAUCAGAUGACCCUGACUUUUGGGACCUCAAUGCAAAGCUGGUGGAGGUGCCCACCAGGAUGCGCGUGGAGCGAUGGGCCUUCAACUUCAGCGAGCUGAUCCGGGACCCCAAGGGCCGCCAGAACUUCCAGCUCUUCCUGAAGAAGGAGUUCAGCGGAGAGAAUCUGGGUUUCUGGGAAGCCUGUGAGGAUCUCAAGUAUGGAGACCAAUCCAAGGUCAAAGAAAAAGCAGAAGAAAUCUACAAGCUGUUCCUGGCUCCAGGAGCGAGGCGCUGGAUUAACAUCGAUGGCAAAACAAUGGGCAUCACAGUCAAGGGCCUGGAGCACCCUCAUCGAUAUGUUCUGGAUGCUGCUCAGACCCACAUCUACAUGCUGAUGAAAAAGGACUCCUAUGGCCGCUAUUUAAAGUCUCCAAUAUACAAGGAAAUGCUGGCCAAGGCUGUUGUGCCACAAGAGGGUGUCAAAAAAAGCACGGGUCUGUUCGGACGCCGCCACCUGCGCUCCAGCCCCAGCCCCAUCAUCCUGAGGCAGCAGGAGGAAGAGGCCAAGGCCAGGGAAGCCGCCAACACCGUGGACAUCACGCAGGUCAUGAGCAAGCUGGAUCGCAGGAACCAGCUGCAGAAGGAAGCUCCUCCCAAGUAGGCUCUGAGCCCCGCAGGGAAAAGACAAGGCGAGGCCGGGCUGAGCUUCGCCUCCCCUUCCUGAAGGUGUCAGUGCUGCUUUAGCUUUCCCGGGCCGGCUCUGGGCCCUGCCAGCUCCCGCACGUUGCCAUGGCUGCUGGAGAGCAGAUGUCCCUGCCCGGGCAGUGCCGGGCUGUGUGCCAGGCUCGGGGGCAGCACCCUGCACACCCAGGAGGGGAGAUGCCCCCACAGCCCCGGGAGGCUGCAGAGCCCGGCUGCCCGUGCCUGCUGCUCCAGGGCAGGGCAGAGCUGUGCCCCAGUGGGCUCAGACCAGCCUGCCUUGGCCCUAAGGGGAUGAGCCUGCGGGGAGCAGGGCGAGGUGACCCAGCCCAGAGAGUCCCUGCUGGCCUCCAUCCCAUGGGGGGCUCUGCACCCUCCCAGGGCACCCCCUGAGAGGAGCCCCCACACCCCCACUCCAAGAGUCCUGCACCACAGGCACAGGAGCUGCUUGUGGGAGCAGCAGCAGGAGCAUUUCUGAAGGUUUAGCUGCCCUUCUGAAUUUGAAUGACACUCCCACAUCCCCUGGCACGCUGGAGAUGAUCAGCUCUGCUCUGCUCUCCCUGUGACUCCUGUGCUGUGAGCUGGGUGUGCAGGUGCAGAGAGCUGCCCCUUCCCAGAGCCAAGAGAGGUUUUAUCCAGUCCUUCCCACCUCUUGUCUUGUCUUUUUCCUGCUCUUCUAUUUUCUGUUGUUAAAAAUCCAACAGGAGGUAGCUGCAGUUGUCACUGGCUUGUAGCCCAGAGGCAAGGGAGAACAGGUAGAGGUGUUGAGAGCAGAUUUCAACUUUAGGUAGUAUUUUCUUUUUCUUUUGCUCUAAAGCUUUUUCUUGCUUUAGAAUAAGGCAAGCUGAAAUACCACAUUAGUGCUAAAGAGCUCAGGGAUAAAGAUUGCGGGCCUUGCUGGAAAAGCCCAGCAUGCCUGGACCAGGCCAAUGGUUACCAGAAGUGUGAGGAUUCCUGCAAAGCCCAGUAAAGGGAAUUGAAGGGACAGAAAAGCUUCCUUGUUUGUUAAAAUUUUGGGGAAGGAAAGGAAGUGGGUGGAAGCACUGAGGUCUGGGAAGCUGCAUCUCUCCAGUUCACAUUGUUCAUCCCUUUGUAAUAGUGGUGGGAUUUUACAGAAAAUGGGAGAUCGUAGAAUCCCACAAUGGUUUGGAUUGGAAGGGAUGUUAAAGCUCAUCUCAUUAAAGCCACGGGCAGGGACACCUUCCACUGUCCCACGGUGCUCAGAGCCACAUCCAGCCUGGCCUUGGGCACUGCCAGGGAUGGAGCAGCUUCAGGAGAGAGUUGGCAGGGAACGGGAGCCCUUGGCUAGUGGGGUGCAUGCUGCAGGCCCUGGGGUCCUUGCAGGGCAAAUCCCUGUGAACAGGGGACAGUCAUGAUGGCAGUGUGUCCCCAGCAGUGACUCUGGCCCUCCCCAUGGCAGGAUCAGGGCUGGACACUCUGAUUUGGAGUCACUCCUCCACUGAACCAGGGAGGUUGUCCUGCCCUUCCUUACCCCAUCACUGAUAAACCUCAGAGGAUUUCAAACUGAGUCACCCCAGACCUUCCCUCUGAUGUUGCUCUCACUCCUGCUGGAAGCACAGGCACAUUCUGCACUGCUGGGCAGGGGAGCAGGCUCAGGCUGCCUUUUUUCAAAUUUAAACCCCAAGGCUUUGUUACAUCAGGUGCUGAGCACCCUCAGCCUGUUUGGACAUCAGAGCACUGGAAAACUCUCCAGAACCUGGCAGGGGUCCCAAAGGCACUGGGCUGUGCUGAGCUCCGGAGUCUCUGCAGAGUUUGUGUAACAUGGAGCACUGAGCAUGUUGGGAUUGCCAGUAUGUAGGAACAUGUGGAAGAUCAAGUCAGGGUAUAAAUAAUAAAUAACAAAUCUGUGUGUUCCCGUCAGUCCCUCUGAUUCUACUUCUAUUUUGUCUGCUGCUUUGCUUGUUAUGUUCUCUGGAUCCAUUCCUUUCUCUGAUUCUUUAUCAUCUCUGCUUGGCAUCGCUGCUCCCCUGCCAUGGGUCGUGCUGCAUGCUCGGGAGUCACUGUGCUUGUGGAACUCCAGUUACACCAGGAACUGUGUGGAACACCAGGUAGUGCUUGUGGAACACCAGUUACACCAGGAACCGGUUUGGAACACCAGUUAUUGUGUGUGGAACACCAGUUAGUGCUUGCAGAACACCAGUUACUGCAUGUAGAACACCAGUUUUUGCAUGUGGAACAAGCAGCCAUCCUUCACACCCAGGCAGGAGCUGUCUUUGCCCUGCCACAGGCUGAUGGAGCUGUCACAGCUCAGCCUUCUGCUCCUCAUCCUCUGCUGCUCAGUCCCUGAAGAGGAAAGUUGCCUGGUACAUGCUGAACUUCACUUUGUGCCAGCCUCAGAGAAAUUGUUUGUUUCCAUGUGUUGUUUAAUUUUUUUGGCCAUGGCUUCCAUGCAUUCAUCUGUCUAAUAAAAAUAAAUGUAGAAAACAGAAAAAGAGCCGAGUCCAUCCUUCUCUGUGGUGUCUCAGUGUGUUCAUCCUUCUGUGUGCCAUCUCUGCAUGUGUGUGUGCAUGUCCUGUGCGUGCCCCUGCUCUCAGCUCCUCUCCCUGGACACUUGAGCUGCAUUUCAUUUUGCUGGGACUAAGUCCUUGGGAAAUGGGAGGGGACGUGGCAUGCAGCAUGUGCUGUCCUUGUCCUGUCCAGUCUGUGCUUGGGCUUGUCCUGAGGACUGGCUGAGCUGGGCUGGAGCCUGCCCAGCCCCAGUCAGGGACACUGGGGCUCCAGCAGGAGAUGGCAUUGGCACUAUGAGGGUUGGGGCCCUGCUGGUGCCAUGGGUGUGACAUGGUUGUGCUGUCCAUAACCAAGAUCACAUUCCUGGCAUGACAGCCUCCUUCUGCCUGCAGCUAAUGGUGGUGAGGAAUGGCACAGGCUGGUGUCUCCUCCAGCAUCCUGGCAGGUGUGGGGCUGAUCUGUCAGCAUCUGCUGGGGCUGUGGUGGCAGCAGUGACCCCGCAGGCAAGGUGUGACAGCAGGCAAGGUGUGACAGCCCCGUGCUCGGGCAGGGGGAAGGCAGGGAAGGGGACAGAGCUGCAGGA